AUGUAAGACAAAAAAUUCAAAAAUUGUUGAAAAUCCCUAAAUUUACGGUAAAUAUUAAAAAUUUCAAGUACAUCUCUUUUUAAAAUUCUAAAUUCCCUGUGAAAAUGGCCGAAGAAGGCGACGAAAAAGCAAGCGGCGAUGUCGAAGAGGACACUAAGACAGUCACUCCACAACCGGAACCUAAAAUACCCGAUGUGGAACUAAUUGUUGACGGGUUUGGGUUGAUGCCUAAAUCAAUGAAGGUACCCAAAAACCGCACUUCGAAUGCCUUCGAAGAAUCGAAGCAAAUGUUAAAAGAAAUAAAAGUUACGAAUGAAGAAGCCAAAAGUCCCUGCUCCUCCAGUACUAACAUUGAAGUGGUUAGACGGUACACUUGGAGAACGAAAAAUAGGAUGACUGUUCAGAUAAUAUCGUAUGGAGCCACCAUCACCUCAAUCCAGGUUCCUGACAAAAAAGGCGUUCCUGAUGAUGUGGUCGCAGGAUUCGACACUUUAGAAGAAUAUUUCCAACCACGAAACCCAUAUUUCGGAGCUACUAUUGGGCGCUACGCAAACAUAAUUCGGGAUGCCACAAUGGUGGUGCGGCCUUCGGGAAGAAUGUACAUGCUGUCAAACAACAAAGGCCAUCACCACUACCACGGAGGAUAUGUUGGAUUCGAUAAGGUUAAUUGGCAUUCAUAUGUGAACGGGAAUCAAGUGAUAAUGAGUCACGUGUCCGAGAGGUUUCACGAGGGAUAUCCGGGCACGGUGAUGGCGCAAAUCACAUUCGAAGUAACCUGUGAUAACACCCUUAAGAUUGAGAUGAAGUGCACGUCCAGCGAACCUACUAUUGUUAACCUGAGCUGCACACCGUAUUUCAAUCUUGCUGGACAUCACUCCGGUAACAAUACAAUGUACGACCACAUAUUUACCAUCAAUGCAGAUAAAUACACCGCUGCAGAUGACGAUGGAGUAGUAACAGGUGAAAAGAAAGUGGUUGGUGGUACUAUAUUCGACUUUAGAGUGCCCCGUGUUUUGAGGACAAUGCUGCCUCGAGUAGCGAUGGGCGGCUAUGAUAUCAAUUAUUGCGUCACACAGGGAACAGCGCAAGAUUUAACUUUUCAUGCCAGAGCCCUCCAUCCAGUAACCGGAAGAGUUAUGGAGUUGUACAGUAACCAACCUGGCUUGCAGUUCUAUACCGGGAAUCUUUUGCCGGAUCCAGAUAAAAUAGUCGAGACUCCAGUCAAGGCCGCCGAAGAGGAAGAGGCCGAGUCCACCAAGUCUGAGAGCGGUGACAGUACUGCCAGUGAUAAAUCGAGCGUGGCAGGUGAAGUCGUGAACGAAGAAGAAAGCGUGGAGGGCAAAACGAGUGUUGGUUACGUUCCACUGAUGGGCAAACAAGGGACGUUUUACAAGAAACACGGUCUCUUCUGUUUAAUGCCGCAAAACUAUCCUGAUGCUGUUAAUCACACCAACUUUCCGAAUUCGGUGCUCAACCCUGGAGAAGUUUACGUUCACCGAAUACAAUAUAAGUUUGGUAUUCUACUCGGAAGAUAUAUUUGAAAUACGUAUCACAUUUUGGUAUAAAAUUGAAAUGAGUUUUUUUGUAUGAAUCAAGACAAUCAUUUUACACGCGCUCUUACUGUGAAUUUCGAUGGUUUUAAUUGCUAUUUUAUUUUAUUCGGGUUUAUAAUUUGGAGAUUGUUAUGUACGUUGAAAAAU